CUGCAAAAUCUAAAGCACGUACAAAACGUUUUCACCUCCGAUUGAUUCCCUCUCUUUCUGUCCGUACACCCUCUGAUACAGACACCCCGCCUCGAACAAUCCUUUCAUCGUUCUUUCUUUUCCCCAUUAAUAUCCUCUGAUUCUCUCUCUCACUCUCUCUAUAUAUAUUCACACCAGCCCCAUUCUCUGUCUCUAUCUAUCUCUCAUUACAGAUUCUUCGUAGGGAUUCAUUUCAUUACAUCAGCUCUCUCUAGCGACGAUGUUUGACCUUAAUCUCGCUGAUGUGGAACCGGUCGGCGAUAGAGAGUCGACGCCGUCGGAGAAGCUACUGGAACUCUCCGGAACCUCGAAUUCUUCAGUGGUGAAUGCCGAGGCUUGCAGCAUUGUCGGCGACGAGGACGAGUACUCCUGCUCCGACGGUUACGCGUUCGGUAUACUGAGGAGGGAGGAGUGCGAGGAGAGUGAGAAUCGAGGUGGCUUUGAGACGAAGGACCUUUUUCCGGUGAGCGGGGGAGAGGCGGCGAUGUUCCUGCAGCAUCAGCUACACGUACAGCGCGAUUGGUCGGGUCUCCCGCAGAAUUAUGGUUUAAUGGCGGAUCCGAGGAUUAUGAUUGUGCCACAACAGAAACCGCAUGUGAAGAAGAGUAGAAGAGGACCGAGGUCCAGGAGUUCUCAGUACCGCGGAGUCACGUUCUAUAGGAGAACCGGAAGAUGGGAAUCCCACAUUUGGUAUGUGCAUACCUUUACACUCUGGACGAUGUCCUUUAGUUUCCCCGAGCAAUUGCUAUUCGAAUAUGGUUUAUCCAUAUGCUAAUACCUGUUUAGCUUCCUUAUUGCUACUAGUACUUGAUAGGAGUGACCACAGACUUGACAGUUUAGAGGAAUCUCAGACUAUUGAACAUUCUUUUCUAAUCUAAAAACACAAAUGAUCACUGAUGUCUAUCAAGUGGUUGUCUAUAUGCAUUAAGAUUUAAGAGACACCUUAGAUGAUUUAUCUGUUAAUCCACGACAUAUGAUUUAAUUCUAAAGUUCAACACUGAUGGCUACCUAUUUGCAUGCAGGGACUGUGGGAAACAAGUUUACUUAGGAGGAUUUGAUACUGCUCAUGCUGCUGCCAGGGCAUAUGAUCGUGCUGCAAUUAAGUUCCGUGGACUAGAUGCCGAUAUUAAUUUCAAUGUCAGCGAUUAUGAAGAAGAUUUUCAGCAGAUGCAGAACUUCACAAAGGAAGAGUUUGUGCAGAUACUACGUCGUCAGAGCACUGGGUUUUCCAGAGGGAGUUCGAAGUAUCGGGGAGUUACUCUGCACAAAUGUGGACGAUGGGAGGCUAGAAUGGGGCAAUUUCUCGGAAAGAAGUAUAUCUACCUGGGGUUAUUUGACAGUGAGAUAGAAGCUGCAAGGGCGUAUGAUAAGGCUGCCAUAAAACUGAAUGGGACGGAGGCAGUGACUAACUUUGAAGUAAGCUCAUAUGAAGGGGAGAUGAGCUCUGAAAUUGAUAAUGGAGGUGGCAACCAAGAUUUGGAUUUGCAUUUGGGCAUUGCUUCUACUAGUUGUGUUGAUGGCAUGGAGGCCCUACAAUCACAAUGUGGUUUUGCCAAUCUGAAGCAUAUGGGAUUUGGGGCAUCUACUUCAAGUAGAAUGGGGUCUAAAUUGCCGCAUUGCUAUGACUUGCUUCCUCAGCAUCCACCUCUCUAUAAUACAACAAAUACUCCUUUCUGCCCCACUUAUAAGGUAUACCCCUUGUCUAGCAUGGUUUGAAGGGUUAGUGCACUAUAAUAUCAUUUCCAUGCAUUUGACUGCCUUGGUGAGUUAAUUCACCCUUCGUUUGCUCAUUAACCUCCAAUCCUUGCUAUUUUUAUAUCUAUGUUGCCCUUGCUAUGGCUUACUGGACUCAGCCACACGCGCCACAUGUAAGCUCAUUGUGUCAACCUUAUACUUAAGGAGUUAAUAACUUGUGUGGACAUUUUACUGCCCUCCUGAGGCUCUAUUGUCGGUUAGACAUCCAUUUUGCAACAGCUCUUGGCUCCGAUAUAAACUGUGAGCGGAGGAGACAUAAAGACAGUGCUAUUAGUCGUUAGUGUUUGUUCGGAACCCUGGGAAAUGCUAGACAAAGAAACUAGGAGGUAAUAAAGGAGAAAUUUCAAAGGAAUAAAAUCAGCGGGAGUUCAAAAAUUGGUUCAAACUCAUUACAUCAGUUUCAUAUGUUUGGUCAAACUCAUUUUUGUUUGUCCAUUUGUAUUAUAUAAAGACUGAAACAAAAAUAUGGACACAUGGUUAAUUCUAAAAGGUUUUAUCAGAUUUGAUUUCCCUUUAUUGUUUACAUGCUAAACACACAUAAAAAACUUACAGACAAAUAAUGUGAACUAAAGUUUCUCUACACCUAAUUACAUGAUCACUAUCGUGUAAAAAACAUAAUUAUAGUCAAUAAAAGUAACUAAUAUAGUCGAAAUGCAAAAGAGUUCACCUUUUUGUCCAUCAUCCUUACAUUUGUUCUUUAUAUGUCAUUAUUACUUUUUUAUAAUCUUUUUUCUCCUCAUCCCAUUUACUUUUCUUGUUCCAGACAUAGUUUGGGAGGAAAUUGUGUUGAUGUUAGCACUAAUCAAUUUUUCAUAUACUAAUAUACAUACAGGGAAAAUCAAUGGAGAAGGGAAGGGAAAAUGAUCCUUCACCAAACUGGGCACAAGGUUACAUAAGGACUCCCCCAGCAGCCCUUUUUUCUACUGCAGCAUCAUCAGGAUUCGCUAAUUCAAACUUUACUAAUACUUCACCGGCUGCCAACCGGCUAACGCACUAUUCUGCUGGACCACUUUCUUACCACAAUGCUUCACCGCCCAUUCCAACUAUGAACACCACUUCGCAGUUUUGGUGCCAGAGCUGAAGUAGGCAGGUAGUCAAUUGCGUGCUGCCGUCGAUUCUUUCCUUUGUUUGGAGUAAAUUGGAUUCUGGUUUCUCAUGGACCACACAAGCCCGAUUGGUCUCAUUCAUCUCCUUUUACUGCGAUUUGGAAAACUGCAACAUUUUGAUUGUUAGUGUAAAGUUCAAUAUUUUUAGCAUUAAAGGGUACCGUGAUGCUCAAUUUCAUAUUUUCAUCCUUGUCUAGACUCUUUCAGAAACGUUUUUGUAAUAGCAGAAAUGUUACUUCUGUGCUUCUUUUUUCCUCCUUGGUUUGCUCGUUUUUAGUAUUGUUUUACCAAACGACAAUUUAUUAUGGUUACAUGUAGUCAUAAUUAAUUACGCUGUAAAGGGGGGAAAUUUGAGGGAGUUUUUCCAGAUAAUCAUAUUGGCCUUUUC